UCUGGCAUCUUGAAUGGGGAUUUCAUUCAGACACCAUCAGUUAAAGCACCUUUUAAAUUGUUUAGUCUGUAUGUACUUGUAAUCAAUAAAUCAUAUUAAAACUCAUCUUAGAAGAUUGCUGUGAAAAUUUAGUGGGAAGACUCCAUUAAGAGAAACAGAACAAUGUGCCGAUGAUACAAGAAGUUCAUUAUUAGUAAUGAAGCCAUGAGUUGGAGAGAUUGUAUGAAAAUGUAAGGCUAUGUUUUUGGUAAAACAAACACUUUGAUGACAACUUGCAGGAAAUCACAGGCUAAAAUACAAAUUUCGGGACAGUUCAAAUUAGGCAUAUAAGAAAUAAACACGUUAAAUACUUACACAUUUAGCCACUUGGUGUCGCUGUCCACCACAAGUUCCUUCACAAAAGAAACGCAGCGGGUAUUACACGUUCAUACGAUCCUUUUCGUCGCAGUCUCAGACAAAAUGGUAACGGUAAGGUGUUUAAGAUGUGAAGAUUAAGAAGCUGAAAAUAUUUAAGAAAAUUUCGAUCGGUGUGAGAGCUACCAAACAUUUGGAAGGGGCUUGCGAUGGUGUUUUCUUGGAGAGAAGAUCAGCGUCUGCUGCUCUGGCUUCUUCUCCUCGCAGCCUGGGAGGCAGGGAGCGGCCAGCUCCACUACUCCGUCCCCGAGGAGGCCAAACACGGCACCUUCGUGGGCCGCAUCGCUCAGGACCUGGGGCUGGAGCUGGCGGAACUGGUGCCCCGCCUGUUCAGGGUGGCGUCCAAGGACCGCGGGGACCUUCUGGAGGUAAAUCUGCAGAAUGGCAUUUUGUUUGUGAAUUCUCGGAUCGACCGGGAGGAGCUGUGCGGGCGGAGCGCGGAGUGCAGCAUCCAUUUGGAGGUGAUCGUGGACCGGCCGCUGCAGGUUUUCCAUGUGGAGGUGGAGGUGAGGGACAUUAACGACAAUCCUCCAGUAUUUCCAAUGGCCACAAAGAAUCUGUUUAUCUAUGAAUCUCGACAGCUUGGCUCUCGGUUUUCGCUAGAGGGCGCAUCAGAUGCAGAUAUAGGAACAAAUUCUUUGUUGACUUACAGUCUUAACUCCAGUGAGUACUUUACUUUGGAUGUCAAAAGAAAAGAUGAGGAAAUUAAAUCUCUGGGACUCGUGUUGAAAAAACUUUUAAAUCGAGAGGCCAUUCCUGAACAUCAUUUACUGAUAACGGCAGUUGAUGGCGGGAAACCUGAGCUAACUGGGACCACUCAAGUGAAGAUCACUGUCCUCGAUGUGAACGACAACGCCCCUGCAUUUGAGAGGACGCUCUACAAAGUCAGAUUAUCCGAAAAUGCACCGAAUGGUACUGUAGUGGUGGAUGUUAAUGCCUCUGAUUUGGAUGAAGGCGUAAAUAAGGACAUUGUUUAUUCUUUCCCCUGGAUCGUCACUGAGAUCCUGUCAAAAUUCCACUUAGACCCGAUUAAUGGAUACAUCACUGUGAAAGACAACAUAGAUUUUGAGGAAACUAAGUCUUUUGAAAUCCAGGUAGAGGCAGCAGACAAGGGAACCCCUCCAAUGACAGACCACUGCACGGUCCUAGUUGAAAUUGUGGAUGUCAAUGAUAAUGUGCCUGAAUUGGUCAUUAAGUCACUAUCAAUUCCUGUGUUAGAAAAUUCUGCACCUGGCACCGUUAUCGCACUGAUCAGUGUGUCCGACCGUGACUCUGGAGCCAAUGGGCAGGUGACCUGCUCUCUGACCCCUCAGGUCCCCUUCAAGUUGGUGUCCACCUUCAAGAAUUACUAUUCGCUUGUGCUGGACAGCGCUCUGGACCGAGAAACCACAGCUGACUAUAAGGUGGUGGUAACAGCCAGGGAUGGGGGCUCGCCCUCGCUGUGGGCCACAGCCAGCGUGUCCGUGGAGGUGGCUGACGUCAACGACAACGCGCCCGUGUUCGCACAGCCAGAAUACACGGUAUUCGUGAAGGAGAACAACCCGCCUGGCGCGCACAUCUUCACGGUGUCGGCCAUGGAUGCGGACGCGCAGGAGAACGCGCUGGUGUCCUACUCGCUGGUGGAGAGGAGGGUGGGCGAGCGCUUGCUGUCCAGCUAUGUGUCUGUGCACGCGGAGAGCGGCAAGGUGUUCGCACUGCAGCCUCUGGACCAUGAGGAGCUGGAGCUGCUGCAGUUCCAGGUGAGCGCGCGGGAUGCUGGUGUGCCUUCCCUGGGCAGCAAUGUGACUCUGCAGGUGUUUGUGCUGGAUGAGAAUGACAAUGCGCCCGCGCUGCUGGGACCUCAGGCGGGCAGCGCAGUGAGCGAACUGGUGUCAAGGUCAGUGGGUGCGGGACAUGUGGUGACAAAGAUUCGCGCGGUAGACGCAGACUCUGGCUACAACGCGUGGCUCUCUUAUGAGCUGCAGUCGGCGGUGGGCAGUGGGCGCCUCCCGUUCCGGGUGGGUCUGUAUACCGGUGAGAUCAGCACCACGCGUGUCCUAGAUGAGGCAGAUGCGCCAAGACAGCGCCUAUUGGUGCUGGUGAAGGACCACGGCGAGCCGAUGCUGACAGCCACAGCUACAUUGCUGUUGUCUCUCGUGGAGAAUGGGCACACGCCAAAUGCCCCAUCGCGGGCUUUGGUGGAUUCUGCUGGCAGGGAGGCAUCGCUAGUGGAUGUCAACGUGUACCUGAUCAUCGCCAUCUGCGCAGUGUCCAGCCUGUUGGUGCUCACGCUGCUGCUGUACCUUGCACUCAGGUGCUCAGCAACGCCCACGGAGGGUGUGUGUGGGCCGGGGAAGCCCGUGCUGGUGUGCUCCAGCGCGGUGGGGAGCUGGUCAUACUCACAGCAGAGGAGACAGAGAUGUGCUCUGGAGAGGUCCCGCCCAAAACCGACCUCAUGGCCUUCAGCCCAAGUCUUACACCCUGUCCAGUUAGUCAGGAGAAAGAGGACAAACUGAUUGCAGACGUUGAUUUCUCCAUCAAGCCCCGACAGCCCAACCCUGACUGGCGUUACUCUGCCUCGCUAAGAGCAGGCAUGCACAG